UGUAAAGUUAUUAAAUCUAUUUAUGUUCCUGUUCCAAUAGCUCUGCCACUUAUAUGAUUAUUUGGCAAUAUAGGACACUGAGAUUAUUAGCUACACAGAGAAUAACUAUGACAAUGGAGAUAUCCACAACAGUACAAGAAGCACCAACUAAGUCCAUCAAAGAAGGUCAAGCGGAGAUAUGUAUGAAGACAGAGAAGGUAUUCUACAACCCAGUCCAAGAGUUCAACCGGGAUCUCAGUAUCGCUGUGUUGACCAAGUUCAUCGAAGAGUACAAGGCAGAACUUACAGCUAAAUUAGAAAAGAAAGCCAGAAAUAAAAACUUGUCUGGAGAAAGCUCUACUGAAAAACCACCAGAGCCAGAAAUAACAAUUCUGGAGGCUUUAUCAGCCUCAGGUCUAAGAAGCAUCAGAUAUGCCAAGGAAGUGCCCAAUGUGACCAAGAUCAUUGCUAAUGACCUCUCGGAGCAGGCCGUGGAGAGCAUCAAGACUAAUGUGGCCCACAACCAGGUGGAACACUUGGUGGAGACCAGCCAUGAUGAUGCUUGCAUGCUAAUGUACAAACACAAGCACCAGUCAAAGCGGUUCUCGGCUAUCGACCUGGACCCCUACGGCUGUCCGUCCAUAUUUCUGGACUCAGCAGUGCAGAGCAUCCAAGAUGGCGGCUUGUUGCUGGUCACGGCUACCGACAUGGCGGUGCUGGCGGGAAACUCGCCUGAGACGUGCUACGCUAAAUAUGGAGCUAUUAGUCUGAAGACUAAGUGCUGUCAUGAAAUGGCACUAAGGAUCCUUCUCCAGUGCAUCGAGUCUCACGCCAACCGGUACAGUCGGUACAUCGUGCCUCUGCUCAGUAUCUCCGCCGACUUCUACAUCCGAGUGUUCGUCCGAGUGUACUCGGGAGCGAUACACUGUAAAAAAACUACUAGUAAACUAUCCAUGGUCUACCACUGCGUGGGCUGCGACCACACGACCCUCGCCCCACUCGGCGGGUUCAAGCCGAACCCCACGGACAAGAACCCGGGGCAAGUAAAGGCGUUCCUACCCACUGCCCCGCCUGUAGGAGAGCUCUGUGAGCAUUGCGCGCAGAGACAUCAUUUAGGCGGGCCAAUAUGGUCGGCGCCAAUCCACGACAUCGACUUCGUGACGUCCGUCCUCCACCACGUCCAAGACAAUACUGAGCGUUUCGGAACGUGGAAGAGAAUCGACGGAGUGUUGUCUAUGGUUCGGGAGGAACUUCCGGUUCCGCUGUACUAUACUGUGGACAAACUGUUUGGGAGGGUGCAUUUGGAGACUAUGCCUACGUUAAUGUUCAGAUCAGCAAUACUGAACGCGGGCUACCAAGUCUCGUAUUCGCACGCCGCCAAGAACUCUCUCAAGACCGACGCGCCCGCGGUGCUGCUGUGGGACAUCGUGAGGACCUGGGCACAGACGCACCCGGGGAAGCCUAGCAAAAUAGAAGCGGACCCUGUUGCCCGCCACAUCCUGAGCAUCGAACCCGGGACCUCCGUGGACGUGACCACCCGACCCGACGCCAACCCGCGCAGCCGCCGCGACGGCCGCCUGCGCUUCCAGGCCAACCCCGCGCCGCACUGGGGACCCGGCGCUAGGGCCACCUAUAAUGUGAAUGGAGAAGAGAAGGCGUCGAAAAGCGCCCGCAAUCAGAAUAAAUAUUCCAAGGAGAAGGGCGACAAGCGACAACACUCACAGAGCGAGGAUGAAGCACGGAAGAAAACUACUACGGACCCUGAAGCUGUUGAUGUUUUGUAAAUAAAGUUGUUUAUUAUAAAA